AUGAAUUUAGAAAGAAACGAACGUAUAGUAACAAAUUAUUCACGGCAUAAAGAUGUUUUGAAAAUCGUCGUCACAGACAGCACAACGGAAAUAGCCCGUACGUUUCUGUACAGGGUACUGACUGAUAAUGUGUUCGGGAAAAAUCAAUCUCUCUUGGUCAGUCUGUACGAGCAACCAGGCAGGGCGGCUUUUCUGGAAAGCGUUGCGAUCGAACUCACCUCUUUUGGUCCUAAUGUCUUGAAUGAGAUUAGUUACGGCCAAGAUAUAUCGCUCCAAUUCAAAGACGCAGACGUUGUAAUUUGCAUCGGUUUCGCAAGAGAAUAUUGCUUCAAACGUGAGGAGUUCGCCGAAUCAUUUUUCACGGAAUACAUUCGCUUGUCUAAGUUUUAUGGUGAGGCUAUAGACAAGUAUGUGAAAAAGGACGCGAAAAUAAUAGUCCUUGGAAACACUGCUGCUACCAUUAUAUCCAGAUAUGCGAAAUCUAUCUCACCUAAGAAUAUAAGUACACUGUCUUUAAUUAAUUUGAACGUUGUUACAGCUCAGAUUGCCAAUCGAAUGCGAUGCCUUCCAACGGAAGUGAGGAACAUAAUAAUUUGGGGUUCGAAUGGUAUGUACAGUUUUCCCGAUUGCAGAUACGUAUUCUUCACGAAUGGGAAUACUUUGACUGAUGGUAUUAAAGUUUGGAUCAGGAAUGGUCUCCCACGUAUUAUUCGAAAGUUCUCCAGCAGACCUUGCAACAUCCGGUCCAUAGCUUAUUGUUUAGCGGAACACUGUAAAAUCUUGUGGAAUGGUACUCCAGAAAAUGAAUGGACUUCUAUGGGUGUAUUGUCUGAUCACUCUUAUGGUGUUCGAUCAGGAAUAUUCUUCUCUUAUCCUGUAUUUUCUAAAGACAAGCAGUACGAAAUUGUAGAGAAUCUCGAUAAUGAUGAAUAUAUUAAAAAGUACAUUUCUGACUUGAGUAAACUGGUUGCCAGGGAAGCAAAAGCUGGCCUCAAAAUAUGUGGCUUGAAACCAUAA